UGUCCUCCCGCGGCACGCGCAGCAACCGCAGCCGCCUCGCGCCGGUCCCGCGGUCGCAGCUCAAGUCGCAGCCUCCGCCGUCUCAGCUGCUCUUUUCGUGGGUCGGUCCCUCCGGCACACGGGCUCCCACCGCGCCGCAGCCGACCUCCAAGCCUUUCAGGCCGCACCGGUCUCCUCAUCCGGCCUGACCCAGCCCGCGAAGAUGGUGGACCGCGAGCAACUGGUGCAGAAAGCCCGGCUGGCCGAGCAGGCGGAGCGCUACGACGACAUGGCCGCGGCCAUGAAGAACGUGACAGAGCUGAAUGAGCCGCUGUCCAAUGAAGAAAGAAACCUCCUCUCUGUGGCUUACAAGAAUGUAGUUGGGGCACGCCGUUCUUCCUGGAGGGUCAUUAGUAGCAUUGAACAGAAGACAUCUGCAGAUGGUAAUGAGAAGAAGAUAGAGAUGGUUCGUGCUUACCGUGAAAAAAUAGAGAAGGAGUUGGAAGCGGUGUGUCAGGAUGUGCUGAGCCUGCUGGAUAACUACCUGAUCAAGAAUUGCAGUGAGACCCAGUAUGAGAGUAAAGUGUUUUACCUGAAGAUGAAAGGGGACUACUAUCGCUACCUGGCUGAAGUAGCCACAGGAGAGAAAAGGGCGACUGUCGUGGAGUCAUCUGAGAAGGCCUAUAGUGAAGCCCAUGAAAUCAGCAAGGAGCACAUGCAGCCUACUCACCCCAUUAGAUUAGGCCUGGCUCUUAAUUACUCCGUUUUCUACUAUGAGAUCCAGAAUGCCCCAGAGCAAGCUUGCCACUUGGCCAAGACCGCUUUUGAUGACGCCAUUGCUGAGCUCGACACUCUCAAUGAGGACUCCUACAAGGACUCCACUCUCAUCAUGCAGCUCCUCCGUGACAACCUAACGCUCUGGACAAGCGAUCAGCAAGACGACGAUGGUGGAGAAGGCAACAAUUAAGGCCCCCAGGUGGACUGGCAGCGCACGCUGAUGCUACUACUGCAGUCUUUAUUUUUUUCCCAUGAGUUGGGGGUCGGGUAGGGGAGGGAAAAGGGAGGAAUGACCUUCCUAGGGAGGAAACCCACGACCUAUCCUGUCUUUGAUCGCCUCUUUGACAUUUUUGCCAAAAUACCACUAGUGGAAAGUCAGGCUAGCUGUGCUGGUAUUGGAAUAGCAGCCUCACACUGGCAUAUGGACUGUUCUGUAGAUUAAUGCAAGUGGAGCUGUCUGUCUUUAAUUUAACUUAUUGCUAGAUAUUAGGGUUUUAAGAUGAAAAGAAAACUUAAAUGGAAUGGCCCUCAUUCAAUAAGUUCUGUGGUUCCAGUAAGGAUUUUUAUGUACAUAUGCUCUUGUCUUAAGUUUUGGGUACUUUCUAUCUCAUCUGUUUUAGCUGUGCAUUUUUUUCAGGGUAUACUCUACCAAACACGGAAUAGUUUAAAUCCCAAGCUGACAGACUUAGAACAUAAGGUAUAUCAUUCCUUGUGGUUUAGGCCUUGCCAGUUUUCUGAAGUCCGAUUAGUUGACAGUAUUAACACUAAAUUGCAGUUUACAGUAUUUCUACAUUACAGCCAUAUGUAACAUCAAGCCAUUGAUUGUGUAUUUUUCUUUGCUAGUUAUUUUGGCUUUACAUCUUUAUCAGCCUUAUCCAGGUUGAUUUUGCUGUUAUCUGUCUCCUAGGCCAAAAGGCUUGCCUGAGGAGAAUCAAAGCUACUUUAGGUUUUGGCUAACAGGUGCUUGGCAGGUGGCUGUGGGAUUUUUGUCCUUCUUUCCUCUUAACUUAAAUCCACCACGAAAAUUAUUAAUCACUUUAAUAGAAAUGUUAAACACCACAAAAAUAGAGAAAAUUCAGGUCUGUAUGUCAUUUAUUGUGUUGGUAUUUUCAAAGAAUAUUCUGAUUAUUCAGAUGCCAUACAGCUCCUUCCUCAGGGAUUGCACUGCCAUUUCACUUUUCACUUGAUUCUUUCCCACUGUACCUUAUGCAGUUGGUGUCGAAGCUGUUGGGUUGUAGAAGCUGGGUGGUCAUUUUGAGGAUGUUUGUGGUGCAGUGUGUGAAAAUUCAGGUGCUAGAAGCUUACUGGUAGAAAAAUCCAAAAGGAAGAGCUAUAUUCAUAGACAUUCUGUCAAAUUUAGGGAGCCUUGUAAGUGUGUCAGUUUUUCCUCCCUUGAAAACACUCUCUCCCCAAGUAAUUGUUGUAGGAAGAUAAAUUAAAAUCAUUACAAGCUAAUAAAUAUGUACUCCUAUUUGACGAAAACUUUUUCUAUAUUUUUUUUCUUUUAAAGAAAGCAUAGAAGUUGGAGAUUCACUUCUGUUGUGCAAUCAGUGCAUAUUUGGAAUUGAAGGAAGCUACAUUGGUAUUUCCACAAAUUUGUUUUCAGUUAGCUGUAGGUCCCUUGUGCUCAUUUUGGAUAAAUCUGUGUUUAUCUAUCUGUAAACAUGACCUGGUGCAUGUGUAUUCAGUUUUUUUGUUUGUUUGUUUGUUUGCUUUUAUAAAAUGAGUAACAUUGUGAACUCUCAAGGUGGGUAAUGACACCAAACUUGCUUUGUGUGUUUGUUUAGGCAAGGAGAGGUUUGAUAAUAAUUGAGGAAAAACUGACAGAGGCUUUUGCUGAUACUAAAAUUGAGCUUAUAAUUAGGAAAUGGAUAUGGUUAACAGGAUCCAGGUGACGGUAAAGAUAGAAGAAUGAAGAUGACCGUGGAAUAAAUGUACUCUGUAACAUUGCACAGUUUACCCAGCAUGACUUUUCUAGAAGGCCCCUCCACGUGCCAGAGUGAAAGUCCCACUUAACUGAACCCCUCCAGAAGAUCUAGUGGAAGGAAGCUUUGCUGCUUUUGUGCCAUUACAGAAGCCUGAAGUACAUGCUAUGGAUGAGAAAAGAUGGGGUGUGGGGGGCGGGUGGGGCUUUCUCUGAUUUAUCUCCAUGCCCAGUGAGCAGUGUUGUGUCCUUCCUCGUAGCAUUUGGAAAUGAUUUACUGGAAUUACAAAACCUAUUUUUUUUUUUUUCCUUAAAUUUAAGCUUUGGCUCUGGCUGCUUUUUAGAAUUAUGCAAGAUAAAAUCAUACCUGAGGGCUAAAAAAGAAGAGGGGAUGGGUGACUUGAUAUUUAAGCAGCUUGAAUGGUUUCUUUUCUUUAGUCUUAAAGAAAUGCACUUGCCUAUGAUACUGUCUCUCCAGUGAAAUGAUUACUCCUCCAUUACUCUAUUGAUACAAUAUUGUGCAUGCUAGUGUUGUAUUUCUAUACAGUAGCUUGAAAUUUAUUAACUUAUACUGUAGGUGUUAUGUAUUCCUAUGACAAAAAAUUAAGUCUUCAAAUUUUUUAAAGUUUUUUUUUUUUUUUUUUUUUUAAUUUAAUUUUUCUUUUUGGGGGUAAAGUUUGCUCUACCAAAUAGUGAUCGUAACAAAUUGAUCUGUUUUGGAUGUUGCUAUAGUGACAUGCAGUUAUAUAUUUUGUUUUUUAAAAAGGGGGGAAGAAGCAAAAGAAACACCAGUGUUAGCUUAAUCUUAAUGUCUGGUGUUUGUCAUGGUGAAAUUAUAACUAUUACAGUGUAGGAGAACAACGAAUAUGUUCUCUGAAUGAGCCUUUGUGCUUUUUGUCAUGUUAUGCAGUGAACUAUUUUUAAGGUCUAAUCAGUGAUUAUUUUUCCAACUCCGUGUUUCUCUAAGGAAUUAUUUCACACACGGACCAUUCUUAGCAGUUUUCCUCAGUGAUGGAAUAUCAUGAAUGUGAGUCAUUAUGUAGCUGUCAUACAUUGAGCAAAUAAACUUACAGAUCUGAUGUCAGUG